UCCAGCCAAAGUAUGAAUGGCCUCCAGGUGGCCACGCCGAGUCUGACUGCAAACUCCUCCCUGACUACUGUGGAGCAAUGUGGUCAGGAGACACCACUGGAAAAUGCCCUCUUUGCCUCCUUCUACCUGCUUGAUUUCAUCCUGGCUUUUGUUGGCAAUGCUCUUGCCUUGUGGCUCUUUGUUCAGGACCAUAAGUCAGGCACCCCUGCCAAUGUGUUCCUGAUGCACCUAGCUGUGGCCGACUUGUCCUGCGUGCUGGUCCUGCCCACCCGCCUUGUCUACCACUUCUCCGGGAGCCACUGGCCGUUUGGGGAGAUCCCAUGUCGCCUUACUGGCUUCUUCUUCUAUCUCAACAUGUAUGCCAGCAUCUACUUUCUCACCUGCAUCAGCGCUGACCGCUUCCUGGCCAUCGUGCACCCCGUCUGGUCCCUCAAGUUGCGCAGGCCCUUCUAUGCCCACCUGGCCUGUGCCUUCCUCUGGAUAGUGGUGGCCACAGCCAUGAUCCCACUGCUGGUGAGCCCACAGACUGUGCAAACCAAUCACACAGUUAUCUGUCUACAGCUCUAUCGGGAGAAGGCCUCUCACCAUGCUCUUGUGUCCCUGGCAGUGGCCUUCACUUUCCCAUUUGUCACCACAGUCACCUGCUACCUGCUGAUCAUCCGCAGUCUGCGGCAAGGCCCCCGGGUAGAGCAGCGGCUCAAGAGCAAGGCCAUUCGCACGAUUGCCAUGGUCCUGGCAAUCUUUCUGAUCUGCUUCGUGCCCUACCAUGUCCACCGCUCCAUCUACGUGCUACACCUGCACAGUCAAAGGCCCUCCUGUACUGCUCAGCGCAUCCUGGCCCUAGGCAACCGAAUCACCUCUUGUCUCACCAGCCUCAAUGGUGCCCUGGACCCUGUCAUGUACUUCUUUGUGGCUGAGAAGUUUCGAAACACCCUGUGCAACUUGCUCUGCAGCAAAAGGCUCUUAGAGCCACCCCCCAGCUUUGAGGGGAAAACCAAUGAUAGCUCACUGAGUGCCAAGUCAGAGCUGUGA